AUGCUGCAGUGCAAGCCCGUGAGUACACCCGUCGACACGCGCUGCAAGCUUUCCGCGGAUGCCGGUCCUCCCGUUGACGACGCCUCCGACUACCGCAGCAUCGUGGGCGCCCUGCAGUACCUGACGAUGAUGCGGCCGGAUCUCGCCUACGCCGUUCAGCAAGCGUGCAUGUCCAUGCACGAUCCGCGUGAGCAACACCUCGCGCUGGUCAAACGCAUUCUGCGUUACGUGCGCGGCUCGCACACUCACGGGCUGCACAUCGCCCGCUCCCCGGCGUUGGAUCUGGUUGCGUACUCGGAUGCGGACUGGGCGGGCUGCCCCGACACCCGCCGCUCGACGUCCGGCUAUGCCAUCUUCCUAGGUGACUCGCUGGUGUCUUGGUCAUCUAAGCGCCAGCCCACCAUCUCGCGCUCGAGCGCCGAGGCGGAAUAUCGCGCGGUCGCCGAAUGCUGCUGGCUUCGAGAGCUCCUCGGUGAACUACGGACGCCACUCGCCACCGCCACGGUUGUCUACUGUGACAACAUCUCGUCCGUCUACAUGGCGGCCAACCCCGUGCAUCACUGGUGA